AUGUGGACACUUUGGGAUAACCAGGAAGAUGUUCCGCCACCACCACCUCGUUCGUCGGUUUUUGUCAUGCGAAAUGGGCGCUACGAGCCCCAGAAUCUCAUGCCGGUCAUGCCUCGCCCGGAUAUCCUCGACUUCGACGGCUUCGUCCUGCGCCGUGGCACAGCGAGCGGCAGGCCGCCCGUGCGUCCUCCGGACUUGCGCCAGGCAUCCUUGGUGAAGAGUUGUAUUAGUCUCCGGAAGGCGUCUCUGCAUGUCAAAGUACCGGAAGGUCACGCGUCGAGCCCCAAGUCGUCUUCGGGAGGGCCCGUGGAGCUGAACUUCAUCUUCGAUGCUCUGAAACCUGGCAACCUGUCUAUUUACUUGCGCGUCACCGAGGUCGAACAGAACGACACCCAGCCAGGGGGCCCUGUCCAGCGGAGCAUUCAGCUCGUGGAGAACAGCAGUGAGCCAGCCGGCAGUGACGGGGCUCCCGCUCUCCGACCUGCGGUGGCCAUCCACGAGUUCCCCUUUGAGAAGGGUCUGGGCCAGGUCUACCGGAGCCCUCCACUCGACUUGGACGGAUUCUCCCAGGAAUCGCUUCGCUACGACGUGGAGCGACAAAGGGAAAUUCCUUUGGCUGUCCGCCUCUUUGCGGACAUGGAGGCGGAAUCGUCCUCAACGACUGGCGAGGGCGGCGAGGAAGAGGUUGUGGAGGACCGCAGCAUUCACUACACCUACGUUUCCCUGCAGAAG